CUUGAUCUGGCUUCACAUGAAUGGAUUCAUGUCGAAACCCUUGAAAAAUCCAUUCAUAAGGAACAAAAUUAUUGCUUCAUGCUUGAAAUUACUAUCGAUAAUAAAUUGCAUCUGGUUGUUGUUGUAAUACGAUCAUUCCGGUUGAAACUAUUCCUUACAGCUGAAAAGAUGAACACCGCAAGUACAAGCUCUGGUCCUCCUGCAAUUCCACUCAACCAGCAAAACGAUACUAUCGUUCAGAUUGUUUCACCACCGGUGCCACCGCCAUUCCCAGAACCACCGAAACCGAACCUACAUCGUUCAUAUCUACCACCACCAAACCUACCUUGUUCAGAUCUACUUACUGGACGGAGAGAAAAGUACAUCAAGAUUGGUGUUCCUCUUUAUGAAGCAGCAAUCAGAGGAGAUUGGAAGGCCGCUAAACCAAUUCUUGAUAGAGAACCAUAUCUGAUACGUUUUGCUAUCACUGAAAAUUAUGAUACCCUACUUCACAUUGCAGCUUCAGCAGAAAGCACCAAUGCUGUGGUAGAAUUUGUGACAAAACUAGUACAGUUGAUGAAAAGUGAGGAUUUGGAGCUACAAAACAAAAAUUACAAGACUGCCCUCAGUUUAGCAGCAGCAGCAGGAAAUGUAAAAACAGCAAUGAUAAUGGUGAAAAAGAAUCCAAGACUGCCAGAGAUCCCAGGUAUUAAUGGAACAAUGCCACUUUAUAUGGCAGCACUGUUUGAAAAACCUCUCAUGGUGAGGUAUUUGUAUGGUAUCUCUAAUGAAAUGGAAGGCAAUUGUUGGUCAGAUGAUAAUCGCGGUUGGGUCCUAUUAAAAUGUGUUGAAGCUGAUAUCUUUGUUUUUUUAGGGGUUCACGUGAAGAUAGGGCCCCGGGAGAAAGAGAGUGAAGCCCUGCAAUUAUUAAGAGUACUUUGGGAAAAAGUAAUUACCAAAAUGUCUAAGUUCAACAUUGAUUGGAUACUCGAGGGGCCAGGUGUAGAGAUUGCAAAGGGAUAUACAACAGAGUGGAGCCACCCUUCCCGGGUACUUUUUCUUGCUACUAAAAUGGGCAACAUGCGUUUUAUAAUUGAGCUUAUUCGCUCAAAUCCUGAUCAAAUUUGGAAACGAGAUGACAAAGGAAAGACUAUAUUUCACUUAGCGGUCAAACAUCGUCAAAUAAACAUCUACAAGUUGAUAUAUGAGAUUGGUGCAAUGAAAGAUUUAAUAACUCCUGUUACAAACAAAAAAGGCAAUAACAUGUUGCAUAUGGUUGCAAAAAAGCCUAAGCAAAAUCAAAUUCAAAACGUGUCUGGGGCUGCUUUGGAAAUGCAACGAGAGUUAUCAUGGUUCAAGGUCAAUUUAAAUUCCAUCUUGUUAUUUUCGGGAGCGGCUCGACAACUUUAAAGAAAUGGGUCGAUGUGGGUUAGCACUUAACACCUUAAAGAAACGGGACAGGUUUCGGAUCAGAAUGAGUUUCGGGCCGACACAAGUAUCCGCACAAGACGGGUUAGACACGAAACAGGUUUUGGAUCGGAACGGUUUUAGUUCGAAUUGAGUUUCGGACCGAGACGGGUUUUGAAUUUUGACACGGGGCGGGUUUUGGAUCGGAACGGGUUGGUUUGGAUCGGGUUCGGGCCGACACGGGUUUCCGCACGGGACGGGUUUCGGAUCACAACGGGUUUUAGGCCAGCACGAGUUUCCGCACGGGACGGGUUUCAGAUCGCAACAGGUUUUAGGCCGACACGAGUUUCUGUACGGGACGGGUUUCGGAUUGCAACGGGUUUUAGGCCGACACAAGUUUCCGCACGAGACAAGUUUCGGGUCGGUAAACAAAUUUCCGUACGAGACGGGUUUUCGCACGGGAUGAAAUUCUGGUCGUAACCACAAGAUUUAAAGUUAAUUACAUUGGUUGUGUAAACAUAUGAUAAAUCAAUAACUGUGAUAUAUACCAUAAGAGCAUUUAUACCAUAAGAGCAUUUCUUCUGAUUUAUG